AUGCGUGGUAUCCCUCUCCAGAAGACCCUCUGGCACUUGGGGGUUCUCUGGCGCAAGUCCCCGCUCGCACUGUCCCCAGAAGCCCGGACCGGCUUGUGGAAGAUGUCGGCUCCUGCCUCGACCUUCGACAUCUUCCUGUCACACACCUGGCACACGCCGGGGAAGUGGAAGAUCCUCAGCCUGUUCUUCCAAUCUGGCUGGAGGUUCUCUUUCCUUGGCUGGUUUGUGGGGGCCUCCCUCAUGCUCCUGGCCUCCACGCACAAGCUGCUCCCCUUGUUUAUCCCCUACAGGUCCAACUUCGACGGGGCCACGAUCUCCUGUGGUGCAGCCUCAAGGUGUUUGCUGGGCUCCCUCCUGGGCCACGGCCUGGGUCUCCUGCUCUCACCCUACGCGCCCAGCGCCUGCGCCCGGCGCCCCCUCUGCUUCCUGGACGUGGCCAGCAUCCAUCAGACGGAUCGGGAGCUCAUGGAGCGAGGGAUCUACAGUAUCGGCGGCUUCCUUCACGUGUCCAAGGAGCUGCAGGUCUUGUGGAGUGCGCCAUACCUUUCCAGGCUCUGGUGCAUUUUCGAACUGGCCGCAUACCGCACGGCAAAUCCCUCUGGGCGCGUGGUCUUGUCGCCACUAUUUGUGGAAUGCGGCGCUUGCAUCUGCAUUCUUGGGGCAUACUUCGCGGCCUUCCUCUUCGUCUUUGCCCUGCCCUUGCAACAUUUCGGGAUCUACGUCGUCUAUGUGGUCGGCCUCUUGCCUAUCUACGUCCUCAUGCACCUCUUGCGCAGGAACAUCCUCGCGAAACAUCAGCUGUUCGAAGGUUUGCGUUUCUUCACGCUCGCCGAAGCCAGGUGCGAGAGCGACUUUGACCAUGACUUCAUCCACACAGCCAUCCGCGCAUGGUAUGGAAGUGCCGAGGCAUUCACCGCUUAUGUGCAGGGAUCUCUGCGCCAAGAGCUGCUGGCCUCGAAGCCCACAACCAUUCCGCUGAGGUACCUGGUGCUUUUGGUGGGAGUGCCCUUCGGGCUUUCUCUGGAUUUUCUGGCGGCCCUGAUCGCAAGGGAGGCCCCGAUGGAAUGGCUGCUGACCGAGUUUCUCGCCGGCUGUUUGGGAUUCAACCUUUGCUGGUUCUUCGGCAGUGUCCAGAUCGCCCUCUUUCUCUGCGACCGCUUUGCGGCCCCUUGGCGUGGUGGCCUCUUCGACUACCUGCAAACGCUUGUUCUGUUCCUCAUCUUCUUCGGGGUCUACUUUCUCGGGAGUCUCAUGGCCAGCACCAGCAAUCUCUGGCACGCGCUCGCGGUGGCCUCGGCCAGCCUCUUGUUUGCCAUCGUCACCCUGGUCUGUCGGCGUGCGGCCGUCGGGUCCUGA